AUGGCAGCGUACAACUGUCAGCCGCUGUACGAGACGUACAAUGUCUACGUCUCUCCCAGCUCGUACGUGUUCGAGCCGUCUAGUUCGACGCUUCCGGCUCUCGGGACCGAUUCGUCCCGCUUGACCAACGAGAAGGAUGUGCGCGAGAGCCUUGUCAUCGACCGCCGCACAGGGCAGAUCUCGCUCGACGUAUCUUCGACGAUCCCUGUCGGGCGUGACAAGGUGAUCGCCUGCUACGGAAUCCUUGGCAUGAUCACACUGGCCACUACCGACUACAUCGUUAUCAUCACGCAGCGCGCGCCGAGCUGUCGUCUCCUCACCCACCAGAUCUACCUCGCUACUGACUUCCGUCUCCUUCCCCUCAACCCCGCGUCAUCAUCGCAGGCCAUCCUCGGCAACCCCAUCGAGAAUGAGCUCGUCUCGCUCGUGGAGCAGGGCCUCAAGGCUGGCCCGAUGUGGUUCUCGUACAGUUGGGACCUCACCAACACCCUCCAGCGCCAGAAGGUCCUUGAGGACGCUGGUAAGGGGCCUAACCGCGAACCUCUCUGGAAGCGCGCCGACGAUCGGUUCUUCUGGAACCGCUUCCUCCAGGACCGUUUCAUCAACCUCACCGAGAACGGCACAGACUUGAGCCGCUUCAUCCUCCCGGCCAUGUUUGGAUUGCUCGAGCUCCGCUCGGCUGUGAUCAACAACCGUGACUUCCUGUUCUGCCUCGUUGCCCGUCGCUCGCGCCACCGCGUCGGCACCCGUUACUUCACGCGCGGUAUCGACCACGACGGCAACGUUGCCAACUUCAACGAGACCGAGCAGAUUGUGCUGUAUGAUCCCAUCGACGACAACAAGACUAUGCGUGGACGAGUCGAUGGCCGCGAGCGCCAGUCAUUCGUACAGAUUCGCGGAAGCGUACCCGUUUACUGGGCCGAGAUCAACAACCUGCGCUACAAGCCUGACCUCCAGAUCAUGGACAAACCUGACACGGCCGGGUCGUACCGCCAGCACAUGCACCAGCUAGUCGACACGUACGGCUCGGUGUAUUCGCUCAACCUUGUUAACCAGAAGGGAUACGAGAAACCCGUGAAAGAGGCGUUUGAGACAGUCGUUAACGCUGCCAACAACAGUGACCACAAGCUGGCCGAGCAGACCAAGUACAUCUACUGGGACUUCCACGCCGAGUGCAAGGGCAUGCGCUUUGACCGCAUCGAGACCCUCGUCGGCGAUUUGCAAAACAAUCUCCUAGCAGAUGGCUGGUACCACUCGGUCUCUCCGGCGGCGUCUGGGGUUGGCAGCUCUAGCGGACCAACCAAUGUCCUCAGUGUGCAGAAGGGUGUCAUCCGCUCCAACUGCAUGGACUGCCUUGACCGCACCAACGUCUCGCAGGCCGCGUUCGCCAAGUGGGCGCUCAACCAGCAGCUCCGCCAGGCUGGAAUCCUCAGCGUCAAGGAGGGUGUCGAGGACCACUCGGACUUCAUGCUCAUCUUCCGCAAUGUCUGGGCCGACCACGCGGACGGGGUGUCUAAGGCAUAUGCUGGCAGUGGCGCACUCAAGACCGACUUUACUCGCACGGGCAAGCGCACGAAGGAGGGUCUGCUGCAGGACGGCAUCAACUCGCUUAUGCGCUACGUGAAGAACAACUUCUUCGACGGUGACCGCCAGGACGCAUACGACCUCGUCACGGGCGCGUACGUUGUCCGCCGCGGCGGCAUCCCCCCGCUCAGCGACACGCGACCGCUCCUCCUCCGCUCGAUGCCGUACAUAUUCGUGUUUGCGCUCACGAUGAUCCUCGCCGCACUCACGCUCCCGCGCACGUCUGAGUGGUCGAUCUACUCGUUCCUCCUCCUGUGGCUUGCCCUCGCUUUCGUCACCGGCACGUACAUCUGGGGCAACGGCACGUCGUACGUUGCGUGGCCGCGCCUGAACCCGCCCCACGAGAUUCUCUCGUACGAGGGUCCAGGUUUCCGGGGGACACGCCGCGGGCGCGGCAUGAGCAUCACAAGUGCCGUGCCGUCGGGCAAGAAGGGGCGCUCCAAGUCGCGAGUCUUCGACGACAUUGAUCUCAAGAAGAAGGGCUCGCUGAUCGAUUAA